AAAGGGGAUUAUGUCUUCAACUCAACAAAAAACGAAAAUGAUUCAAAUAUUGUAUGUAAAAAGGCAAAAGAUUCAAGUACGACUGUGUGUUGUCCGAGUUGUAAAGGCUUCUAUAGCAAAUUAAGUCUCAGAAGCCACCUACGCCGUUGUGAUCCUCAAAAAUUUUGUAAUAAGAAAAGUAGAAUCAAUAUUCAACCGGAGUGCAGAAAGUUGGCAAACAGACUUCAUCAUAAAGCGUCUGAAGAUUUAAGAAAUAAAAUUUUUCCUUACAUGAGAGAAGAUGCUGUAGUAGAAGUUAUUAGAUACGAUGAGGCAGUAAUACAAUAUGGAAAUCAUUUGUGUAGAAAAUACACUUCAGAACAUCAUGCAGCUCAAGUGAGAGCCCAAUUAAGAGCAUUCGGAAAACUGAUAUUGACUGCCAAAGAAAUCGAUUCGAGCGUGAGUAAUAUGUAUGAUCUUCUUGAUGCUAGGAACGUUCCUCUCAUCAUUGAGGCGAUUAAUAAAAUAGCAGGUUUAGAUAGCAAAACUGGUCUAUAUAGAGCACCAGCAACUGAUACGUCGCUCGGAACAGAGUUGAAAAGAAUUUGCAAGUUACUCCAAAUGGAAUUCAUAAAAACAAAUGAUAGAGAAAAUUUGAAAAGAAUGAAAAAUUUGAUGACAGUUUUUGAGGUAGAAUUUAAUGUCACCAUUAAUAAAAAAGGUGUGGAAUCACAGAAAAUUAUAAAACGCCGUAAAAAGACCAUUCUCCCAAAGACCGAAGUCAUUGGACAAUUCAGGAAUUUCUUAGAGUCAAAAAUUGGGUUUUAUAUAGGCCAACUUGAAAGAGAGUACUCCAAAGCAGAUUGGAUAAAGUUAGCUGAGUACACGUUAGUUCACCUUGCUGUAUUCAAUAGAAAGCGUCCUGGAGAAACUCAGAGAAUACUGAUAGAGGAUUAUAAACAUUACGAAGUGCUCGAAGAAAAUGAAAUGGAAAAUGAAGAUCUUAUUUCGAAAGAGCAAAGUAAAAAAUGGGCAAGAAUAAAAUUUACGGGUAAAUUGGGCAAUGACAAUGCGUUGCUCGUUCAUAGAGAUUUGGGUUUUAAAGCCAUAAAUUUAAUAUUGAAAUACCGUGAAGAAGCUGGUGUAGAUAAAUCCAAUAGGUACAUAUUCGGUGAACCCUCUCAGUAUCACGCACAAAAAACAUUCCAAGCUUGUUCUUUGAUCAGAAAACUUUCUGAAGAGUCAGGAAUUCCGAACAGCGAAUUGAUGAGAACAAGAUUGCUGAGACAACAUUUAGCUACGGAAACGGCAUCUCAUAAUAUAGAUUCUAAGCUAGAGAACCGAUUAUCAGAUUUCAUGGCUCACAACAGAAAAAUUCAUGACGUGCAUUAUGUUCUAACUAAGAAAAAAGAUGACAUCAUGAAGGUGUCCACUCUGUUGGAAAAUUUCUCAUCAACAAAGAAUUUACCGUCGACGUCUUGUAAUUCAGAAAAUAUGGCAGAAAAUAACAGACUUUCAAAUUCAGAACCUACAACGUCGAAUGUUGAAGAGGAAUCUAACUAUGAACUAUCCAGUUGCAGUGACUCGGAAAACGAAGAAGAAAAUCUUUCCCAAGCGGAAAUAAACUUGAUUUUAGGUAAAUAAUCUAGACGUGUACCAUGGAGUAAAAGAGAAAUACAACUUCUUCAAGAGACCUUCAGUCCUGAAAUAGAUCACAAUGAGGAAAUCUCGAAAUCUAAAGUACAGGAGUUUUACUACAAAAACAGAGUUGCGAUGAAUAGGCGUACGCCUCAUUUAAUUAUUCAGAAAAUCAAAGCAGAGCAGAAGAAAAAUAAGAUGAUGCGUGAAAACUUGAAACUUUCCAAAGAUUCCUAUUUCAAUGAUACAAUUAUUGAUCACAGAAUUUGAGCAAAGAAAGAAAGAUACAGCAUAGAAGAACAGGAAGUGUUAGAAGAAACAGUUGCUCGUCACCUGCAAGAAGGAUCAUAUCCUAGUCUAAGAGAAUGUUCUUAUGUAAUAGAAACGAAUGAAGUGUUGAGUUCAAGGUCUCCGUCAGCUGUGAAAACAUUCAUUUACAAUAGUAUUAAAAAAAGGAGAUCUAUUUAAACUAUCUAAUUCGA